UAAAUGUUCACUGAAAAUGUUGAAAACGUGUGUAGUUACUUAUAUAAAACUUCAAGUUAUGCGAAUAGAUGUUGAUGUAAUUCAUUGUAAUCUAUUACAAUUAUAUGAUUCAUCAUAUACGAAUGAAACAUAAAUGGUUCCAUGCAACAUAUAUCCAAAGGUUAUAAUAAAUAUAAGAAUGUCACACUUGGAGUUGGAUCCCCAGUUUACACAAGGUUUACACCUUUUACAUUCUACUAAUAAAGAUUCAGCAGAACAGCUACGAGCACUGUUAGAUGAAGCAAUUAAACAGAAAUAUGGGCCCUCAAAGAUGUUAUCAAAUGUAUUACAUAAAAAGUAUAUGAUGGAGGAACCAGUAUUAAGCGAUCACAGCAGCAACAGUAGUAGUAAAAAGAGUAAAAGUUCAACAUCUUCUAAACAUUCGAGUAAAUCUAGUAAAAACAGUUCACCUGUGAACCUGCCAACGCGUGACACACCACCUGAUAUUAUACAGACUGAUAAUACUCUAGCAUUAGAAAUAUUAGAAGAUGAUCUUACAUGUGUAAUUUGUAAAGGAAUGGAUGUUGGAGCAAGAAACAGGCUUGUUGAAUGUUUAGAAUGCCACUCUUUGUAUCAUCAAGAAUGUCAUGUGCCACACAUUUUAGAUUCGCAAAUAGAUGUACCAGGAUUAGUGUGGUAUUGUUCGAAUUGUUCCAAAUCUCAGGCCUCAAAAGAAAGGAGCUCUCCAAAAACAGUGAUAGAGAGCAAAUCCAAAGAACAGAAAAAAUCAAACUCCAUAGGUGGGGGAAAUAAAGUGACACCAAAUAUUCACAUUAUAAGCGCUGAUAGAAGAUUAAAAGAUAUGAUGAAGAAAGCUAAACAGGACAAACGAAAUACAAAUACUACCCCAAAUUCAAAGAAUUCUUCAUCAAAUUCACCGUUAUUGUCUUCGACGAAAUCUCAGGAAAAAUCCUUACUGUACAAAAUUAAAUCAGGUGUAGAGUGAAGUUUUUAUCUAUAUUAACGUUGAAACGAUAUCUUAUAUUUAUACUAGAGAAAAAAUUUGAACAAAUUUCACUAAAAAGUAUAGCCACAAUGAAUAUAAUUAACUUCUGAUAGCAAAAUCAAUGUUUAUCAUUGAGAAUGACAUAAAUGAUCCCUGAACAAAUAAUCUUAAUUGAGUACCUUGCAAGGUUUCAAGCAUUAGGUUGAAUCUAAUAUUUUUACUUUUUACAUUGCUGUUAUUUUAUUACAGUCAAACAAUUUUUUCAUUGAAUUUGUUAUGAUAUAUAACAAAUAUACAAUGUAAUUUGAUAUUGUAAUUUUAAUUUGUACAAAUAUAUCAUUGAAUUUCUUUAAAAAAUUACAAGUUAAAUAACUUAUUAAAUGUAGAUGUAACUAAAAGUGGAAGAUCAUGGGAAUUUUUGAACAGACAUUACAAUAUCCAUUUCAUUUAUAAUACCAAUAUAUUUUUGCAAUUUUUCAAAUGCUUAUUUGUUUGUCCCUACGUCCCAUUGAAAAUUUGGCAAGAGUCAUUUCGUUCUCGAGUGUUACUUAAAAUCUACUUAUAUGCGAGAUGGGGGGUUGAAUUCUAUUUACACAGGGCUUUUCGUUACGUCUACACGCUUACGUUGAUAGAUACACACUCACCCCAUAACACAUGUAAAGCAGCAUUUAGCACACUUUUCACUCGUUAUUACAUACAUACGUAUUUUACGUGUAAGUUAUAUAACGAGAAAAGAUACAUUCAAAAUCCAUUAGGAAUGAAAAUGAGCCCAUUUGACAUUUUCAACCACGGUUCCCAAGAUUGUAUAUACUUAAGGUGUUUCUUUCAGGGAACAAUCAUCCCCCCAUCGUUUUCCGAAGCUUAACAAAGAAUAAUCUUAAUUCGACAUGAUGUUCGGAUUUGUCUAUACUACGAAGCAUGACAUUACUAAUCGACUCGUAAACCGUUAAACAUUCCUCAGUUAAUUACAAUACAAUACAUACGUUGGAUGCAGAAUUGACAAGCAUUUCAGAUGGAUGGAGUCAACUGUCGAGCGUACAAAGAAUCCAGAAAUUCCGCUGUAUGGUAUAUUCCUUAAUACCAUAUCUAAAACACAACAAAUUAGUCAACAUUCUCAAUUUCUUGAAAUAAUAAAUAAUAUGCUUCUUCUAUAUAAUAUAUUAAAAAAUAUAAAAUGAAUUCUAAAAUGAUAUCUUGCACUGUAAGGAUUUAAGUUAACAUGAUUGAUUCAAGGAAUGAACAAUGAGAUUUUUUAAACUUAAUGUAAGAAUAUGACUUUUCUUAAAUGUUUCCAUACUAAUUUAUAAGUACGUAAACAUUUUGAACAAUUUUAUAUAAUGAAGGCUUUUAAGGAAAAACAGCAGAAUUCCAUUGGAAUUUGUAUGUGCACAUUAUGCAUUUAAAAAGUGGCAUGUUACACGGCCUUCCAUCGAAUUGUGCUCGAACUUAUAGUAUCCUUUACAUACCAUAUAAGAUAUUCUACAUGAAAUUCUGAAAAUAAACAAUUAUAAAAGAUGUACCACAUAGUUAUCAAGAAUUUAUCUUCAGACAGUAGAGACAAGAGACAUAUGUUAUAUUCGUAUAUGUUGUGUGCAACUAUGUUAGCAUACGUCAAUCUGUGCUAUAUACAAAGAUUAUAAAUUAAAAAGUUUUGUAUGCCCUUCAACAAAUUAAUUCUUACAUUAUGGACGUUGUAUAAAGAUUAUCAUUUGUCUGUUAUACGACAAAUUAUGAAUAAAAAACAUUUGUUUUAUAAAAAAUACAAGUUAAUUUCGCAAUUCCAAGAGCUUCGUUUUAUCACUACACUUUACUAUUUUCCAUACAUUCGAAUAAUAUAAAAAUACGGAUAUUAAUAUUCAAUGAAUAUAAUAUAAAUAAUAUCUUAUGGAUUAUAUACAAUUAACAUCCACAAUUUAAGGGCUUGCAGUAUAUCUGUUCAAAUAUACACACAAAUAUAUAUUUCAAUAGCUAAUUCGCUACAAUUAAAACCAUCGCUCUUUAUCGCCAAAUAUUUGUUGUACAUUUUAUACAAUAAUUCAAUAUAAAGGAAUCUAAAAAUAUAUCUGGAGAAAAUAGCACGUGUACAAAUAAAAAAAUAUCAUCUUUUUAAGUAAAAGUUCUAUAUAUCAUUCAUCUAUUUUAUUUUGAUUGCUAAUUUGAUAAAGUAUAAAAAUAAAAGUAAUUUUAAUGUGAGAUUAACAAAAAUUGUACUAUUAAACAAAAAGAGUAAUAUACUUUGACACAUCAUUCAUGUAUGAACACUAUUUUGAAAAACUUUUAGUAGCAGCAGUAACAAUGUUCAAUAUUUUUAACACUGUGUUCUGUUUUGUUAUAAAUUAUUUUAAUUAUAUUCUAUGGACGACAAAGCGUGAUAGUAACUUAAUGAUAAAAUUAAAAAAAAAAAAAAUGUUUAAUAUCAUUACAACUAAAUUAUUGAAUGUUUGUGCAAAAUGAGAUUCAGAGCAUCAGACUUAUAAAAGUAGGUUCGUUAUAUCGGAACAAUAUUAACGCCAAUUAAUAAAAUUUAAAUAUAACAUUAUUUUUGAGAUUUCAUUUUGGAAGACUACACCUAAUAAUUUUAUACAAUGAAAAUGAAUGUAAGCUUAAUGUGAAUACUAUCUACAAGAAUGUUCUACUUUGUAUAUUUAUUAGUAAAAGAAAAUGCAUUACUUGCAUAAACAAUUGUUUCUAAUAAUUGUAUCAUACUCUACAAUAUAAAGUAGAGGAAGAAUAUAUAAUUUAUUUGGAAAUGUGAUUACUAUUCAGUUUUUAUACAACAGUGAAUAUCUUGUACACCCCUCUUAAUUUGAAUUAAAAAAAAGUACUACUCUUUUGUAGGAAUCUAGAAAAUUAUUUCAAACAUCUUGCAUAAUGUCGUUUAAAUUAUAAAACAAAAUAAUCUCUAUAUUUUCCUGACGAAUUCAUUGUAUAAAUAAACGUUGUUUAACAAAAUAAGAAUACCCAACAGAAUAAUCCUCCAUUAUUUAUACGUAGUACGUAUGUUUUAAUUCAACAUACAAGAAAGUUGACCUUAAUUCCUUAUUAGAUAAUAAACACACAUUAAAUAACGUGUUUAGAACAUUUCAGAAAAAGAUGACAACAGAAUAGAUCUAUAAAAUUCAUUCUGUUAUCAUUUGUUCCAUAUUCACAGCUUACACUUUGCAUGAAAUGCACCCUGGAACGGUGUCGUGUACAAUGUAAAAUUAAUCUAUCAUUAUAACUUGUAACGUUUAUGUUUUCUCAAACGUUUCUACGUGGACGAAAAACUGAAUUAAAAAUAUAAUAUUUCAGGAAAACUGUAAGCACGUAUAGUAAACAUAAAUAUGCACAUAAUUAUUUCGCACAAGAUACGUGAAAAAACAAUGCGCUAAAUCACAUAGAACAGAUUGACGUACGACUUUCCGUAUAGAUAAUUUGUUCGUCGGUAUAUAAAUAAAUAUAAUAUACAUAUAUAAUAGAAAGAUACGUAGGUCUGUUGAUCUUAUAAAAGAAAUCUGGGGACCUAGUAAAGUAGUUGAAAUACACGAAAGUGUUAAUUAAGUACAAGAGUGAGCGUAACUCCAGUCUUUCCAGACUUACAGGUUGACAAAAUGGUUAAACAAUUUUCUGUCAUUAAAUUAAAUUGUUACAUAGGUCUGUUACAAUAUAACAGUUUGUAAAAGCGCAUGGAAAAACUUGGCAGUGUACAAUGGGCAGUGAAUUGAAUUGUUAAACGCAUAGUUGGGAUAAUGUAAAAAAAAAAGAAAAUAAAAAUAUUAAAUGCUUUCAUAAAAAUGCAACCUUGAAAAUCAGACAGUCUUAUAUCGACUAAAAUGUAAUCCCAAGAAAAAUACUGCUUGUCGUUGUGUCUUGCAAAAUGUCUUUCGAUGCGUUUUAACCAUGGUGUUGACCAAUUGACAAAAUCCUCUAACACCUAAAACCAGCGCCAAAUACUUAUUAGAUGCAUACAAAACUUUUUACACGUUUUCCUCAAGGUUCAUUUUUCUUAACAAUCGAGAGAGUUUAAAACCUUUUUCUCGUCAGUGUACAAUAUAAAAGAUCUUUGCAUCAAUUAUGUGUUUUAUGCUUAACAAUAUACGAUAAUAACUAUUUUUGAACGGAUAAUGAAUUGAUAAUUAUAUCUCUAUAGACAAUAAUACAACUUAGAAAUAAUAGCUGUAAUAUAGUUUGUAAAAUAGUUGCAAAAUCAUUAUAUGAUUCACAUAGUGGCCUUUAAAAAUUAUAGCAACAGUCAUACUUAUAUACGAAUAAAUGUGUAAAUAGAAACAGACUCAAAAAUUGAAAAAAAAAAAAA